AUGUUUCUCCUCAGGCCCAGAUCAGAUAAUUUAGCACGCUCUGUGUUGAGACUUCGAUCCCAGGCAGGUGUGGGGUCGACAAAAAGAUGGGUGACAUCGAGUGUAGAUUGGAAGCCCAUGAAGACCUCCAAGACCCCAAACGACAAAGCUCAUAGUAAUAGCUUCACGAGGAUGAUUUUCUUGGGGCUCAUGAUAGCAAUGCCUGUCGUUUCAUUCUACCUGGGUUCUUGGCAACUGCGCCGUCUCAAAUGGAAGACCAACCUUUUAGCCACUUGUGAGGACAGGUUGACCUAUCCUGCAUCGCCCUUACCGAAGUCAUUCCCACCCGAUGAGGCUGAGAAUUGGGAGUAUCGCAAGGUCAGGCUUGAAGGCGAAUUUCAACACGAUCAGGAAUUGUUUGUGGGUCCCCGAGUGAAGAACGGCAUCAAGGGAUACUUACUUUUCACCCCAUUUGUGAGGAAAGACACAGGAGAGCGACUCUUGAUAGAGAGAGGAUGGAUAAGUGAUGAUAAUGUUGUUCCCACGAACAGAAGUCUGCACCACCUUUCGUUGCCCACGGGAAACAUCGAAAUUGAAUGUCUCGUACGUGUCGCAAAGGACAAAGGGACCUUUCAGUGGGACAAAGAAGACUCAGAUAGCAGGUUAUGGCAGGUCAUUGAUAUCUCGGAGAUGUGUGCCGCGAGUAGAACUGUUCCUCUUCACCUGCAGGCCUUGUAUGAUUUGAAAGACCACGAUUGGACGCACAACGCCUCGAAACUCAACACCAAGGCAUCUCCUCCUCCAGCAAAUUCAUGGUGGAAAUUUUGGCGCAAAUCUGAAUCUGUGGGCUCCACUGAUUUGACAUCAAGUUCCAUCAUUCCUCCAAUAUCAGAGGAUACGGAGUUCAACGAAUGGCAGCUAAUCAAGUCGGGUGUUCCAAUAGGAAAAGUUCCUAAGAUCGAUUUGAAGAAUAAUCAUCUUCAAUACUUGGUGACUUGGUAUGGUCUUUCAUUCCUCAGCACCAUAUUCUUAAUCGUAGCGCUAAGACGCAAUCGUGGAGGUGCCGUUUCUCAAGCACAAUUGAAACGCGACAAACUCAAACAUGCUAAAAAGUACAUGUAG